UGUAACUGCGUAAACGCGUGUGACGUUUAUAGACAACAGUCAACACGGAAAAAUUAAUUAUGUGUUUUACACUGUAAAUUACAGGGCAACAUAAAGGUCGAGUUUCCAUAUCGCACUUUGUGCACCGGUUUUCAGUCGUACUACAUGCAAGCUUGGUAGUGCGACCACUCCCCUCGUGGACGGAAAUGUCUUUCAGGAUGACUAUAAGUCAGGUGGAGCACUGUCCCGGCCUCUACUGCGCGCGCAUGCCGCCGCCCGCGAGCCCGGGAAACUGCACGGCGUGUCCGCGCGGCUGGCGCGCCAUCGACGACCUAUGUCACAAGUGCGAGGAGUCGCCGAGCUUCUACGACUGGCUGUACCUCGGGUUCAUGGCGCUGCUCUGCUUCUCGCUGCACUGCUUCUUCAUCGACUUUACGUCGAAGCGCAAGAGCUUCGCGCGCGCCAUCCUCGCGACGCACGUCAGCGCGUUCGUCGAGUGCGCCGGUGCCGCCAUCGUUACCGUGCUCGUGGCGCCUCCUCGCGGCCACCUCGCCCUGCACUCGUGCGGCGUCGUGCGGCUGUCGGACUGGUACACGCUGUUCCACAACCCGAAGCCAUGGUACGCGGGUGCGCUCGGCACCGUGCACUGCACGAACGAGGCCGUCUACCCGCUCUACACGCUCGUCUUCAUCUACAACGCGCUCUGCCUGCUGCUGCUGCUGCUCCUGCGGCCGGCUGUGGUGCGCGUCUUCUCCGGCACGCAGGCCAGCUCGAGCGCCAUCUACGCCGCGUUGUACUUCAUCCCGAUCCUCACCGUCAUCCACGCUGUCUUCUGCGGCCUGCUCUACUACUCGUUUCCGUACAUCGUCGUCGUCGUGUCCGUCGUGACGAUCGCGACGCACUUUGCGAUCCAGCUCGACCAGUCGAUGCAGUCGCUGCUGUGGUCGUGCGUCACGGACAAACGCAACAUGGCCGUCAUCCUCGGACACUGGCUGCUGCACGCCUACGGGAUAAUCGCCAUCACGGAGCUGACGAACCCCGCGUUUCACUGCGGGCUCAUUGCGCUCGUGCCGCUUCCGGCGAUCUUCUACAUCGUUACCGUCAAUUUCACGGACCCCGAGAAACUACUGAUGACGUAACGCACGCGUGUCGCAUUGCCAUAGAGCUACGCUGCUGCAGCAGCCAGUGUAAGAGACCUGGAUAAACCGCUGAUCAAUAAAAAACACGGGUUGCAUCUGCUAGAGACUUUCACAUUGUUGCUGUAAAUUUGACGCAUGGAAAAAUCUGAUGAUAAGCACAAUAACUGGAGCCACUAAUGAAGAUUUUCUUCAUUGGUUAUAACCAAAUGAUAAUAUAUACACCUAUAAAUAGAUGUUUUCAUGUUAGCCUAAAUAGAUUUGCCAAGUUGUUGGGCAAGCAUGCUUCCUAAGUGGCACUGCACAACAAAUGUAAAAAUUUCAAAGAUUUGCUGUGUACCACGAUCAUUUAUAUGGCUGAAGCUUUUGCAAAGAUGAUUGUGUCUCCGUUAUAACAUCUAUUUUGUGCAAGGUAUUGAAUGACAGUGGAGAUGACGCUACACUGUUUCUUGCACCUCUGUGUGCAAUCACAGUAGUGACUGUACUACUUAUUUUUGUACAAUCAAUUUCAAGGAAGUUCAUGGUACAUACCCGUCAAAACUACUGGUGGCAUAGCUAGCAUGGCUAUCUCCUCUACAAUUUAAUUUAUUACUGUCAAUUUACAUAGCCAUAGAAAGUACAGAUAACAUAGAGGUUACCUUUGCUUAUAGCAUGAUUUUCUUGCAUUUUGCAGUAACUCUUGUAAUUAUAUUGGUAAUAAGUGUAUUUGUAAGUAUGUAUAAUUGUUAAGUUAUAAGUGAAGUUGAAGUGAAUGAAACCCAAUAGAAAUUUGCCGAAGAAAAUUAGUGUUCCGAAAUUCGUGUGGCAUUUGCUCGUCUAACAUCGGCACCUUUUCGUGUAUAAAAUACGAAAAUGUAGAAAUGCAAAUGGUUUAGUAGAUUUAUUCACAGACGAUUAAUAUCAUUCGUAGGGUAUGUUGAGUUGUAUUUAAUCUGUUUUAAUUGCUAUUAAGAAUUAUCUGUAAUUGCUGUUGGAAUUGUGAAGUAUGGAAUAUUUAUGCUAAAUAACAAUAAUAAAAUAUUUGAUGUUACAUUUUCAAUGUU